CUGCACAGAGGAUAUUGAGUUUUCUUGUUACAUGUACAUGGGUAGCAUAACAAUUUGUGACCAGCUCUCUCGGUGUAGUAAAAAUAAAAGGCUAGCUUAACUUAGAUUUAGCUUUUUUCAUUAGAAUUUAAUCAGAUCUUCAACUUACUGCAUCAUUUCUGAUAAUCGAUAAAAUGAAAUAUAUUUCGGAAUUAAUGGAAAGCAUCAACCGUUGUUUACUUCCAAAAUUAGCUAAGUAUUUCGAUGAGAGUCAAACUCACAAAGAAUUCGAUAUACGAAAUGAGAAUUUACGUCAUAAUUUUCAAUUACUGGAACAAUGUUUAGGAGAUUUAGAUAUUUUAAAAACAAAAGAAGUUUCGGCCAUAAUAGCAGCAUUACUUAUAUUAUACAAAGAGCUGACUUGCGAUUGCUCAUGGAAUAAUGAAGACACACAGGAAUAUUCAAAAAAAUUAAACAUUUACUUUGAACUACUGUGCGGUUUACGUUUAGAUAAUAUAUUGCAUCAAAGGAGUAAUUUUAAUGUUCAAGAAAUAUAUGAUACUUCCCUAGAUAUGUUGCAUAGGAAACUGUCAUACGAAAACUUUAAGAAGUAUCCAGGACAAGUUGAAGUAUACUGCUCUAUUGUAAAAGAUCUAAGAAAAUAUAAAGUCAGCUUAAAUCCCCAAAACGUAUUUCCGGCAUCAUUAUUAUUGAUCGAUGAUUAUAUCAAUGCAAAUAAGAGUAAAGGAUUGAUAUGCUGUUUAUCAAUAUUGCGAUGUUUGGAGUAUAAACAUUUCAAAGGUGGUAAUUAUUAUGAAGUUGUAUAUAAAAGCCUAAUGAAGGUAUCUAUUGAAAAAGAUGCAGAUAUAACAAAGUUAACUCAUGCAUGUCUAUUGGAAUUGUGCAGGAUUUUCCCAUCAGAUAUAAAGGACGCCAGACUUAAGGAAAUCUAUUCAGAAAUUCUAGAUCAGUUGUACACAGAAUCAAAUUUAUACAGAAAGGCAGAAUGUUUCAAAUUCACAAAAAAUAUUAUUGAAUUCCACAAAGUGAGCUGUGUAAUCAAAAAUAAUUUCAAAAACAUUAUAAACGAUAGUUUGGAUAACUGCACAAAUGAAGCUGUUGCUGAAAUACUUCUACCACAUACAUUACAGUGUUUAGAAGAAUGGCUCAAAUAUUGUUGGCCUAUAUGGAAGCUUUCUUCUGAUUAUAAAAUGAUUUCUGCCCUCUUAAAAGUAUUAUUAACAAGCAAAGACAGCGAAAUAGCUACUCACAUACAGAAACUACUGAUCACCUUAAUCUGUUUAUGUAAAACAGAUGAACAGAAGCAAAUUAUUGCAAACUUAGAUAAAGCUAAUGAAAUACAAAAUACUGAAUUUAACUUGCGUAUAGAAGCAAUAAAACAAGAAAUUAAUGUUUAGUUUUUGUUUAAUUAAAAAUACAUUGAAUGUACAUAUUUAAUUCAUUCAUUAAUCGUUUUUUAUUCUGUAUAAAAUGUUAACCACUUCUGUUAUAGUAGGUCUACUUUUUCUAUUAUACUCAAGACAAGUUUUAGCUAAACUAUAAAUUUCACUAGCUUUUGUCCAAGGAUUAACAACAGGAUCUAACAAGUGGCUUAUGUCAUUAUUAACAGAGUUUUCUUCAACAUAAUGUUUUAUAUUGAGGUUUUCUCCGUCGGUAGCAACAAUUGGUUUUAAUCCUGUGAGUAGUUCCAAUAAUACAAUACCAAAACUGAAUAUAUCAAUUUUUUGUGUUAUAGUACCGUGAAUGCCCUCAGGUGCCAUGUAGGCUGAAGUUCCCAUUGGACAUGUUGUCAGAAAUGUUGAAUCAAAUUGCUUGGCCAAACCAAAAUCACAUAACUGUAAAAUGCAAUGAAAACAUAUAACUUUAGACAUUUUUGUAAAAAACAAAACAAUAAAGAAUUACAAUGAAA